AUGAGUGGCUCCGGAAGGGACGUUUUGCGUGGUUUACAAGUAGCAAGAACACAACCGCCCCAGCCGUGGACAGAGAAAGAAGCUCAACAAACGACGGCCCAAGCCUCAAAAGAGAAGUCAACAGAACGAGGUGACGUGUGGUGCAGAAAAAACAAAGAACCUUAUGUUGCUGACUUUUGUACAAAAAUUAAUUUGCAGGGAUGUGGGGAAAAUCAGUAUCAGUGCGACAAGACGGCUCACUGUAUAGCGAGGACAAACGUGUGUGACAAUUUCCCGGAUUGUGUUGCUGGUGAUGACGAAAAUGUUUGCGGAAGUGGUGUCUGUCCAAUGGGUAUGUUAGAGUGUAAAGAUGGAACUGCGUGUUUUGCAAUGUCAGAUCGGUGUAACAAUUAUGCACAGUGUGCUGACGGGACAGAUGAAGAGGGAUGUUCAUGGAGUACAGAUCCAGUUGUAAGCGUCCGGUGUUUUGAAAUCACACGAUUCUCAACAGCCACUAUCACUACUACAACAUCAACUACGACUACUACUACAACUAAGACUCUGUCCACAACUACAGGAAUUAUUGUAGUUCCAAUAGUGAUUGGUGUUUUACUGAUCCUAGCAGCAACAGUGAUACUUCUCGUGUACAUGAAAAGGCGUCGGCUGACUACAGAAACUAAACUCCAUGAACAUGAUCAUCAACAACAUUUAUCGGAGAUUGGUGCAGAACAAGGCCAAGGUCAUCAGUGCAAUGACAGUAACGAAGAACGUGAUCACGAAAUACCUGUCAAUGCAUAUGAGAGGUUAAAUAUGUAUGUAAAUGACAGCUUAGCCGGAGAGAUGUAUCAGCAACUAAAUGUUGACAAAGGUGAAGCAUAUCAAGAGAUGCACUAUGUAAAAGAUAACGCUGGAAAUAAGGACAGGCAUUUUACAAAGCAAAUUAAUUUGCAAGAACCUGAUCAGGAACGAACACAAUCAAAAGCAGUAUCAUUUAAGGAACAAGGUAGGGGACAAGAAACCGAUGUCGAUGGUGGAGAACGCGAUCUUGAAAUCUCAUCAAAUGCGUAUGAAAGAUUAAACCUGUAUGUAAAUGAUAACCUAGCAGGAGAGAUGUAUGAGCAACUUGAUGCUGGCCAAAGUAGGGACUAUCGGUAGAAACAUAACGAAGAUAGACCUGACUAUAAAAGUAUUGCAAAUGAAAUAACAUCUGCCAUAUAUACUUAUACAAUUGUAAAUUGUCAAAAUGAUAAAUAAUACUAACAAUGUCUACAAGAAAAAUAACACAUACAUACACAGCGAUAUUUAGCAUUCUGUAAUAAUGACAAUAUAUACCUUUAUGUUGAGUAAUCGUUUCAAUAUUUGCCACAAUAUCAUCAAACGCUUGUGAGAACAACAUUCAGUAAAUUAAAUCCUACUUGACAUGAUUUAGUUUUGGGGAGGCUGGGUUCUUGGAAUAUGACACUUCUUAUGUACAAGUGUUCUUGUUUCGAAGUCCAUCCAGUAUUACUGUAAACUGAGCUCAGUCUAAGCAAGAGGGGACACGAGGAUUAUUGCAUAUUUCAUAACUCCCAUGAACAGACUCAGUUAAAACAGUUAUCAUUCUGCUUGGUUAUGCUCUAUGCUCUCAAACGACCUGUUUAAAGAAUUGAUCAAUAUUCACGACAGCAAAUGCCUUGCAUGUUGUGGUGGUAAAAGUCAUCCCCUCCCUUCUUCGACUCACUUUUAUUAUCAUUUCUGGUCCUGUUUAAAUCAUUGAGUCCACGCAAACACUGUUUGUUACAUUUAA